AUGCAUCAUCUGGGUUAUGCAUUUAAAAUGGACGAAAUACCGGUGUUUCCCAUAAUUGGAGACUAUGAUGUGAAUCCACCAAAACAGAUGGCUGUCAACAUGUGGGACUCGUCAAGGGAUACAUGGUGUAACGCACUGGCUGGACGUGGUCGUCCAUGGGAAAGUUUGAUUAAGAAGGCGGUGGCCAGUAUCAGUAGGGAAAAAGGACUACCUAUCGUCGACUUCAAAUCAGCCUGCUAUCAUUCAAUACUGAUCAACUCAAAUCCGAAAGUGCUGGUGCUCGGAUUGAACAGUCUGUUGUGGUAUUCGAACAAUUUAUUGGCAAACGAGAGUAUCCCGGAUCCGAUGAAUCAAUUUGUCUGGAUCGAGCAGAGUUUGAAAUGGGCUCAAAAAGAACAAGUCAAGGUGAUUAUUGCCACACAUAUUGCACCGGGGAUUAAUGAAUUUCAAUCUGAUGCUCAGUUGCAUUUGCUCAAGUCUUACAAUGAUCGUCUGAUUGAGAUCACGCGCAUGUACGCGGAUGUGAUUGGCACGAUUGUCGCCGGACACGAUCAUACGGACACGUUUCGAGUUCUGUUAGACAACAAAUCUGAGCAACACAAGUUUGAUGAUGAUGAUGAUGAUGAUGAUGAUGAUGAUGAUGAUGAUGAUGAUGAUGAUGAUGAUGACUCGGAUGAUGAUGAUGAUGAUGAUAGUGAUCAAGUAGAAUUUAUUAGAGGAAUCGAAACUAUCGGCGUAAUGUUCAUAAUUGUGCUAGGAAUACGUGUACAUGCUCAGGCAGAAGAAUCUGACUCGUCUCGAGGACAAAAUUUGCAUAUCGUAUUCCCGUUAUCCUGUUAUGGACAGCCUAAAACAUAUCACCCGGUCAGUUCAAUCUUUUUGACGCCAUCCAUGAAUCCGAAAUCGAUUCCGGGCGUUGGAACAAACAAUCCUCGUAUUCGUCAGUACAAAUACAGUCGUAAGACGGGACAAAUCUUGAAUUAUCGUCAAUUUUGGCUCAAUCUGGGACAGCAACACCCGCAGUGGGAAUUGGAAUAUUCGGCCCAAGAAGCUUACCAAUUGUCCGACUGUUCUCCACGGUCGCUCGCAAAAUUGCUGGAUCAAUUCACUGUGAAAGAUGAUGGCGGUAAUGGAAUGUGGGAAGUGUACUGGAAUCACACGCUUGGAGGCAGACCGCAUGAAACAACAGCCUGGUUGACGCAGGAUGGCCGAUGUCCGAAUGCGGAUAGUCUAUGUCGUUGCAAUCUGAUUUGUUCGGAUCGACAUUUGGAUUCCACGAAGCUGAAUGAUUGUAGAGAGUUUUGUCGCGCCUCCAACCGACCUCGCUUACCGACCAUUGAAGAAUUGCAACAGGCUACUGAGGUCCAGACGGCAUCGGGUAUGAUUGCGGGUGUGACCGUGGCGGUGUUGUGCCUGGUGGCUGCUGGUGGAGCCGGUGGUUACUACUUCUUCUACCACCGGAAACGGUCAAACAAUCAUUAA